AAGCGCCGUUUUCUCGCGUUUUACCACCGCAGAAGAAGAAGAAGAAGACCAGGAAGUGCGGGUAAACAGAAGAAGCUAACUUUUUAGCGUUGGCUGUAAACUAUGCAAAACAUGUUGCCUUUUAUUUCAAUCGCGCUCAGAGGUGCAGCAAGGAACAAACUGUCCGCAGUGGUACUCGUGAGCCGCUCCUAUGCCAACUUCACACCUCAGGCCACCUUUGACAUCAAGCCAUGUGAUCUUUACCGGCUGGACGAGGGCCCUCCGACACAAGCCGUGCUCACUCGAGAGGAGGGGCUGAGUUACUACCGCACCAUGCAGAUGAUGAGGCGCAUGGAGCUGAAAGCGGACCAGCUGUACAAGCAGAAGGUCAUCCGAGGCUUCUGUCACCUGUAUGAUGGACAGGAGGCUUGUGCAAUGGGCAUUGAAGCCGCCAUCAACUCCACCGACCACCUGAUCACGGCGUACCGAGCUCACGCGUUCACCUACACCAGAGGAGUGCCUGUGAGGGAGAUCCUGGCCGAGCUCACAGGUCGAAGGGGUGGAGUCGCCAAAGGCAAAGGAGGCUCCAUGCACAUGUAUGCAAAGAAUUUCUACGGUGGAAACGGCAUUGUGGGAGCUCAGGUUCCCCUGGGGGCUGGAGUGGCUCUCGCCUGUCAGUACCAGGGCAAUAAUGGGGUGUCUCUCGCACUUUACGGGGAUGGAGCUGCAAACCAGGGGCAGAUCUUUGAGGCGUACAACAUGGCGGCACUGUGGAAGCUGCCGUGCAUCUUCGUCUGUGAGAACAAUAAAUACGGCAUGGGCACGGCAGUGGAGCGAGCCUCUGCCAGCACGGAAUACUACAAACGAGGAGAAUUCAUUCCUGGACUGAGGGUGGACGGCAUGGACCUGCUCUGCGUCAGGGAGGCUACCAAGUUCGCCGCAGACCACUGCAGAGCCGGAAAGGGUCCAAUGCUUAUGGAGCUUCUGACCUAUCGUUACCAUGGACACAGCAUGAGUGAUCCUGGAAUCAGCUAUCGGACACGUGAGGAGGUCCAGGAGGUGCGAAGCAAGAGUGACCCAAUCACCAUGCUGAAGGACCGACUACUUAACAACAACAUGGCCAGUGUGGAGGAGCUUAAGGAGAUUGACGUGGAGGUGCGGAAGGAGGUGGAGGAAGCGGCGCAGUUUGCCACGUCCGACCCCGAGCCCCCGCUGGAGGAGCUGUGUAACCACGUCUUCUACAACGAGCCGCCCAUGGAGGUGCGAGGCGCACACCCCUGGUCCACGCUCAGGUCCACCAGCUGAACACUACCAGCUGCGAGCUUCUCACAAAGCUGAUGGUGACGGUGCAGCUGGGAUUUCCAAAAAGGUCCAAAAUGUUGCUUUGCUAGAAACGCACAAAUGUCGGAUCACAUUUACUUCAUGCACUUUACUCCUUAUGCUCUUCUGAAAUGUCAGCUGUUACGUAUUUUAUUAUACGGUUGCUUCAUUAUUAAAUAAAAAUAUUUGUCUGA